CAUGUGCUUGUCUGCCCAAGGCGUGAAAUACAGCGGUUUGCUGAGCUUACUACUGAUGAGACUAGCGACUUGUGGCUUACAGCACAAAAAGUUGGCAAGCAACUUGAGUCAUACCACAAGGCAUCUUCUCUUACAUUUGCAAUCCAAGAUGGACCCCAGGCAGGACAGACUGUUCCUCAUGUUCAUAUUCAUGUCAUCCCACGCAAAAGUGGUGAUUUUGAAAAGAAAGAUGAGAUUUAUGAUGCUCUGGACUUGAAAGAGAAAGAGAUGAAGCAGUCACUUGAUUUGGACAAGGAACGGAAGGACAGAAGAAUUGAGGAGAUGGCUGAAGAGGCAGCUGAAUAUAGAAAACUUUUCUAGUGAAGAGGCCUGCAUCAUCUCAUUAUUACUCUUUAGAGUUCAGCUGUUCCUCAAGUGCUUUAUUGACCACCAGUUUUGGUGUUGAUCUAACAUUUGGAUUUCUUGUAAACUAAUGGGAUUAACAUUCUGCUUCUUAUUGAUAUAACAACUGAAGCUGUUGCUGUUUUCUCCUA